GUUAUAAUUUAAUUUUGAAGGAAACAGAGGAGAUUGGCUAGAACUCGCCGAAUGGUUCGUCGAACGAGGGGCUAAAAGAAUUAUGAUCGUAGUCAAAAAGUGUUCAAUGUCAUCGACUGUUUGUAGGAGAUUUGAUAAACUCAUCUCCCGAAACGUAUCAAUACAAAUCGAAUCAGAUUUACACCUAAAAACUAAAGAGGAGUCGCUUAACUGGUUAAAUUAUUUAACAUCAUCUAAAGAGUUAGGUGCAUUAUUUAUAGUGAAUCAGUUUAACGAUAGUAAAAUAAGUAAUCUACGAUAUUCUUUCGAAAAGCUUAAGAGUAAAAUAGCUGCUGCUCCAUUUAUAUGUAUAUUAAGUAAAGCAGAACAUAUUUGUGCCGAGCUUAAAUCUAUAGGUUUUAAUGCAUUAAACAUAUCAUGGGACGGGCUGUCUACAGAACCAAAAAACACAGAAACAAUUUUGGCGUCUAUAGAUUUUCUUCUACAAAAUUCAAAUACUUCAGAGUCAUAUUCAUUUAUAUGCUCUAAGGAAAACAACAAUACAUCAAAAU